GGGGGGCAGGCGGAGCUGCCACUGGUGGGCUUCUUGUUCUGCCCGGGCUGCUCUCGCCCCAACCCAGACGGGCUCGCGCGCCUCCUCCGGGGACGCGCCGGGCUGCCCAGAGAGGUGCGGACAUUCCCCAACGAGGGCGACGGCGGCGGGGAUUGCCCCGAGGGGAAGGACAGAGCCGAGCAGCGCUUCCCUCCCGCGGCCUCCCAGAGCUCGCUCAGUUGCUCCCCAGCGGCCGGCCGGACCGACGAGGCCAUGCUCCAGGCCGUGCUCCUGCUCUUCCUCCUGCGCUGCUGCCCUCCGGGACACGGAGGGAGAAUCCCUGCCCCGCCCGAGCGCGUGAGGUUCGUCGCGGAGACCUUCCGACACUGGCUGCACUGGGAGCCGCCGGGCGCUGGGAAUAGCGCCCCCGGGCUCCUCUAUGACGUCCAAUACAAGAGUUACGGCCAGGGCGGCUGGUGGCCAACGCUGAACUGCACCCGCAUCGCGACCCUCUCCUGUGACCUCUCCUACGAGACGCGAGAGCCCUUCGGGGAGUACCUCGCCAGAGUGCGAGCGGUGGCCGAGAACCGCGCCUCCAACUGGACCCGGACGCCCCGCUUCAGCCCCAAGUCAGCAACGUUGAGAUUGUCUGGCAUGAACCUUUCUCUUUCUGACAAUAUUAUCCACGUUAAGAUCCAACCCCCCACUAGCAGGUGGACAAAUGUCAUCUACGAGGACCUCUAUCCAUCGUGGAGAGAGUACUAUGCCCACAUCCGGAGGGUGUCUGACAAUCUCCAGUUUGUGCACAUCGAGACCAGCCUGGAGUUUGACCUCCCAUUGCUGUUGUGGGGUGAGCGCUACUGUGUCAGAGUGAAGCCACAGGUGACCUCCCUAACAAAUCCUGGCAAGUGGACGGAGGAGCAGUGCAUCUUGAUACCCCCCAAGGAAGACAGUGUAAGUUCCGUCCUCAUCCCCAGCUUGGCCCUCCUGACUGUGGUGGUGCUCUGUGCCCUGGGGCUGGGUGUGGCCUGCGCCUAUGUGAGGAAGCCCCAAAGGAUUCCCUUCUUACUGAAAUCUCCCCUGAAGCACAGCCCCCACCGGGUGCCAAAUGAGAGGACUCCUCUCGGGGUGGAAGAUUUUGUGUUGUGCUUGGAGGCUGAUCCCAUCCAGCAGCUCUCCUUCGUGGGCCUGAAGGACCACAUCCACCCUGACAGCACAACCCAUGGCACUGGGACAGCAACACCACCUCUGGAGAGUUGCUGCUGGUUGCCGAUGCGGCUGGCAAAGGGGGCAGGGCUCGGGGACCCGAUGGACAGCAGUGGCUGCAGCACAGACAGCGGCAUCUGCCUGCAUGACCCCUCUGGCAGCCUGGAGUCAUGCAGGCUGUUGUUUGGAAGCAGUGAGGAGGGAGGCAGCCAGGAAGAUGUUGGUGGCCUCGGCCUGGAGGAGCAGCUGUGGCAAGUGGCUCCCUCCUCCUCCAGCGGGACAGAGCAGGAGGCUCCAGGUGCUGAGGACCCGCCCAAGGCACAGUUCUCUGGGUACCAAAAACAGUCAGUGGGACCUCCAGAGGUUGUGGGCUGCCCUCGAACUCCCCCCGGCACAGAGGAAAUGACCCCUUCUGAGCCUGGCUUGGCUACCGGGUAUCUGAAACAGGCCUCCAUCAGGACCCCCCCUGGUCUUGUGAGGGGUGUGAUUCUUGCCAAGGACUUUCUGGAUGGAAUGGAGCAGCAGAACACUCACUUCCCAAGCAGCACUUCGCCGGAUGUCCUUGAGCCACUGAAAUUGCUCCCCAAAUUCCCCAAGACCCUCAUGACAUUGAGCUUCUUUGAGCAAGAGGAGGCAUGCCUCCCUCCCCAUACCUCCCCCUUCUUGCACUCCAGCAUGCAGCUGAGCCCAGAUGCCCCAACCCUCCCACAGUGCUGGGUGCAGGGACUGCCCCCCAAUAAGCUGAGUCAAUGGGAGAUAGUCCAGCUCUAGAGGAGCCAUGCAGAGUGUGGGGCCUGCAGGGUGGAAGAAGGCGCAUAACCCAGGAAAACUCUCCUUGUUCCUUGGCUUGCCCUGUUAAGCUCCCUUUGCUACUGGAUGGGCAGAGUUUUAGUUCCCACACACCUACACCCACCCACACCCUAGGACCCAAAAAUCCACACUGUGGGAUAAGAUGCAUAAAUUUAAACCAGCAUGUUUUAUUCUAGUCAAUAGACAGAUGGGGGUGGGGGCUGAUACCAAAUGCUUCUGAGAAGCGCUGGGAUGUGAACGUGAGAAGGAAGGUCAGCGCAGUCUAUAGAAGCUAAAGGAAGAGAGCUGUAGGCUGAGGGAAGGGAGGGCAUAUGUGCCUGUCAUGGGGACUCUCGCUGACACAUUACUAGGGUUCUCUCAGCAACAUUGAGGGCUGGUAGCUUGUUGUUCAGGCAAUGCCCACAGUAUCUUUGGGAUGCAUUCCAGGUUCUCUCUCCUUAGAGUGGCAGCCACCAGAUUCCUGGGUGGGGGGCUGGGCAGACAUUGCGACUCCUGCUUAACUUUGGAGACAGAAAUGCCCUUCUCUGCCUGCAGGUGAUCCCAUUGUAAGCAAUAGCCAUGGGCGCAGCAGACCGGCCUGCAACUUUCCUAAGUGGAGGCCCUUCUGCUGGUCCUGAACAACUUCUGCCCUGAACCCCUGCUGACCCCUCACCCACCCCCUACAGCAGCAGCGCUCAUGAGAGCCCAGUUCCAGCCUCUGAUGUCAGCCAGAGGUGCUCAGCAACAAAGGAAUGGGGAGACGCUGCGGGAUAAGCCCUUGGCGCGCUCGGACCAUUCCGGUUGAUGAUUCACAAGAGGGGCUAGCCUCUGCCUCAGAUCCUGUACCCUUUGCAAGGAUUGCAACCCCAGAGACCAGCAACAGGACACAGGAGGCUCUGCCUUUGCCACUGUUGGGAGGGGGGUGAAGAAAUCUGUUUCUUUAGCUGGGUCCUGUCCCACAGCAGCUAAUGGGAACUGGCUUCACCACAUAACCACCACUCCACCCCUCAGGCCUUGCCUUUUUCAGUAUUCCUCUGCCUUGCCAGUCCCACAUUUCCUUAAGAAGGGCAUUCAGUGGGUGUCUUUUAGGAUUAUGAUGAUUACAGAGAGGUAUCCAAAUGUUUGAAAUGUUUUGUACAAGCUAACUUAAUUUAUUUAUUUUGUAAAGCUACUUGGAGCAUACAAGUUUUUAAUCAGUAUAUUUUUUAAAAAAAAUAAAACCACUUUGGGGUAAAAGCCUCCAUGAAGCACAUGGAUGACCAAGGUGUGGGAGCUGCAUCCGUACAGCCUCCUUGUCCUCUCCCAUACAGUCUGCUGCACAGCCUCCCACCUGGCAUGGAGUCAGGCCAGCUGGGCAGCCAAAGGGAACCGACUGCACAGGCAUCAGCUGUUUCUAUCAGGGGUAGAGGCUCCCAGUCUGGAUGGCCCUCUUACGCUGUGCACUCUACAGAUCCCAAAGCUGGGAGUUCUUCUGCCACUGGUGUCAAAGGGGCAUGGACUGCAACCACACUGCUGUCUUGGGUAGCUAAUGGCUCCCUCCCAUCUGCCCACUUGGAAGAAGGGCAGAGGGCUGGUCUGCACACACAUCAGUACGAGAAGAGUUGACUGCAUGUAUUGUGCCACUUCAGACUGCAGCUGCAGGAAACCACUUCUGAAUGCUUGUUCUGUAUUUUUACCAAAACCCUGAAAACAGCAAACUAGCACCCCAGGGAGGAACGAUCUGUCCCAGCGGCACUGGUUUUCUGUUGACAGGAAGCUUUGAAGCUUAGGGGAACAUUCAAAACUAAACACACCCCUCCACUCUCUGGCAUGGCGCAGCCCAGCCCACCACUGGCCCCCUGCUGCUGCUGCUGCUGCUGCUGCUGCUGCUGCUGCUGCUGCUGCACCUGAAGACUCACGCACGAGCUGAAUCAACAAGGACUAAGGGCUUGUUUCGAUGGAAGCUCAUGAAACACUUCACUGGCAUUGAUCAGGUGCCACUGCGGGGUUUUGUUUUGCAGCUGACUCAAAACUUAACCACCCCAAAUAAUGGGAUACAGGUUUAUUUGGUGGGUAAGACAAUUAACAAUAAUUACAGAUAAC